UGCUUAGUUGAAAUCUGUGGCGCAUUUUCUUUACUCAUUCGUUCAGUAACUGAACUUCGCCGACUUUGUUUUGUGUUUGGUAAUUUAAUUUUCCUUUUCGAAUAAGGAUUUUUUACAGCAAUCUUCGCAUGAUGUCUUCGCCAACAGAAGAAAGCGUGCGGCGUAACAGCGAGAGCGAAGGAGCUGAAACUGAGAGCCCUGAACAUGAUCCUCAUUACGAACCGAUAGUUACUCUGCCGUUAGUGGAGGUGCAUACUAACGAAGAGGAUGAGGAGGAAUUGGUGAAGAUCCGCGCUCGUCUCUACAGAUAUGACACUGAAGACCACGAGUGGAAGGAGCGCGGUACUGGUGAUGUCAAACUACUCCGUCACAAGCUGAAUAACACCGUAAGAGUUGUGAUGAGACGUGACAAGACACUGAAGGUCUGUGCCAACCACUUCAUAACUCCUGACAUCAGAAUGAAUGUCCACUGUGGGUCCGAUAAAGCAUUCAAUUGGUCUGUGUUUGCUGAUUAUGCUGACGAAACUUGCAAGCAAGAGCUGCUUGCUAUCAAGUUUGGUAAUCCUCAGAAUGCUGAACUAUGGAAAACGAAGUUUGCCGAGGCUCAAGAGAUAGUACGAACUAAGUGCAGUCUGUACACUCAAGAUCAGUCAUCAGAUGACGAGAGCAGUAUCACAAGGAGCGAGGAUACCGACACGCCAGAACCAAAGACAAAUGUAGACAAGUCACCAGACAAAGACAAAAAUAAUGAUAAGACGGAACAAACUGAUUCGGACGGUGUAGUCUUAAAAUUACAAGAACUUAAAGUGGAUAGUGAGAAGUCAGAAUAAGUAGUAAUUGAUAGUUGAAACGAUCUUAUAAGAGGCCAACUAGUAACAAAAUAUGGUGUAAUAGGAAUUUAGGUGAAAUGGUUUCUUUGUUAACUGUAGACUAGUAUAUAAUUAGGAAUUGAAAAUUGUAUUUAUGUGAUAGUGGUUCUAAAAUCAAUACUGUUCUUUCGUUUUCUUAUAAUUAUUUUCUUUAAUAAUAUGUCAUAUUUCAUUCAUUUAUUGAAGUAUCUUUUCAUUCUUCCCAUUUUUAUUAAUGGUUAAAAUGUAUAUUGUAAACUUUUUUCUGUAAAGGUAUUUUAGUUUGGAUACUUAGUGCUCAAAUAUUUUUUUUAUAUAUAAUAAACUUCCUUAUAAGUAAAAUGUCACUUUCAAAGAUAACUUUUCACCUAAAAUUCUCAUGGUUUAUUAGAUACUAUUAAUAGUAGACAAUUAGUUUUUUUUUUUAUUUUAAUGCACUUAUUUUAUUUUGCAUACAUAGAUAUUUGUGCUGCCAAUUCUAAAUGAUUUAUUGUCUUUAUUUGUGUGAGCAGGGUGUAUUUUUAUAUUAGUAAGACUUAGCUAUGUGUAGCUGUGAAUAAUUCGGUAUUAAGAGACCAAAUAUUUAUGCUGAAGCAUUGUUUAAUGCUUAGAAAUAUUAUGGUGUAUGUUUGGUGUACUUUUACACCACCAGUUUUUAGUACAAAAAAAAGUUAUUUGCCGCAGUUAUCAAACACCUAUUUGACAAAAAAAAAUAGAAUUUUAAGGUCUAGUUAUUUUUAUUCAUAAUUUUUUCUAGCAUCAAAUUAUAUACCUUCAUAGUUUUUGCUGUCUUACUGUUAUUCAUUAAAUAAUUGUCUCUUAUGUACAUUUUGAAUUCAUUGAUGAACAUCAAACUGAUGUAUGAUCUACUUAGUAUUUGUUACUUACCAUGUGUUUGGUCCAAAUUUUAUGCAGGAUAUACAAAUAUUUUAAUUCUUCAUACUUUUGUUAUUUACAUAUAAAAAAUAUUACUUCUUGCCUCUUUUAUAUGCUGCAUUUCUUAUUUUUGUAAUUAGAAACUCUUGGUGUAUUAGGUUCAAACUUAUUAGGCAUAGAGAUGUUUCGUAUAUCCCAUUCCGUAAAGAAGAGGGCAUAGCUGCUAUUAUAAGGAAUUAGAAACUUCGUUUUCAGAAAUAUGAAAAGAACUAGUGUAACAUCAGCCCUUGUUUGUUCUCAAGUGGAUAUUUGGUUUAUGCGCUUUGUUGCGUAUGCGCGUAGUGGCGAUAUAUAUUAAUAUAAAACAUAUACAUAGAUAUCUCAAGUAACAAUUGCCUUUUAAUUUUACGAAUUAUUUGUAAAAAAGAAUUUUUAAAAAGUUACUAUUGGCAAUACUUGUAAUGAUCAAAAAGAUAAAAAAAAAAACAUUUGUAAAUGUAUUUCGAUGUUGUUUACUUUCCUAAUUGGAUUUGAUAUUGAGUGAAGAUUCUCGAAUAAGUGUUAAAUUUAAGGCGAUUUUUUUUAUAUUCCAUUGUAUGGAUGUAUGUUUCGAUAUGCCCCCAUUGGCCGAAUUCAAUUAUGACGGCAUUAUUGUAAAAAAAACAACAUGAAUUGAAAUCAGUGAGGGUGUAACCAAACAUAAUCUACAAUUUAUUGUAUCACAUAUCAUUGUAGAGUAAUGUAGGAAGAUGAGCAGACACAGGUAAAUGGAGUGAUAAACCAUAUUUCCUUUUUUGUAACAAUCUGUUCAUACUUAUACAUCAAGCAUUCCCUAUUUCUUUAAUGUUACAAAGUUUCCUUAUUCACUUAGCUUUUCUAAAUUUAUUGCUGAAUGGCAAGGGAAUAUAAGUGAAAAGUACUACACAUUUUAUUUUUCUGGUAUGUGCAAUAGUUUGAUGAUAAAAAAAAAUAUGAUUGCUAUAGUAAUGAUGUCAAAAUAUAAAGUUUGCAAAUAAAUUUCAUCAAUUAGAUGUAUUUAAUAUGAUUUAUUCCGAUAGAAUAUUUGGUAAUCCAAUUGACUAGGCAUAGCUUUAUUCUGUAUUGUAUCUAUCUCAUUAAAUCCUUUACUUUACUAGAGAUAGGCUGCAGAAAAUUUACAUAUUUUAUGGUGCAUAAUAUAUUGUUACAUUUCCAAUGCCAUUUACCUGUGGCUUGCUAGAUGAUGUACAUUGUACGGUGUUCUUAGGCAUGUUAUUUUGAUUUAUGCAUCGGUUGUCGUGACAUAGCUGGUAUUACAUUCCGCUAUUGUUUUAUAGAGUAACAAGGGCCAAAUGUGAGGGAAGCAUUUCAUCUACAUAAAUAUUUUAUAUUUUCUUUCUAAAUUUAAAUAUAUAUUUCAUGAGUA